CAUGACGUCAGAAGUAGUGACGCGGGAAAACACAGCUAGAAGCCUGCGGAGCAACACAGUUUUCUUUCCGAGAAGUGCACUCAUCAUGUCCAUUUCUAUGUGGCUUAUUGGACCAGUUGGCCUUCACGACAGAUAUGUCAACGUUAGAAUUUAGAAUUCGUACUCAAAUGAAUUACCCUAAUAAUUUAUUUACCCCAAACAGUUCAUAUAUUUCUGGAGGCCUACCAAUUUAUUACAGUUGGUUGAACUUACUUCUAGACAAAACAAACACAGAAAUAUAUCAUCAAUUCAUUAUUAAAAUAAUCAUUAUUAUCUGGAUUUUCACAAUCCACUUCGACUAGUUUGGGCUCUUUUUUGUCGACAUCGACUUCUCGGCGACCGUCUCAAGAGUCUGGCUGUUUUUUUUUAACUGGUUUGUUCAAACUGAUCUGACUCAAGUCGACCCUGUAGCGGACUGGUAAAUGAAUCUCACGUCUCAUCCUGUAGCAUUGAUCUCAGUAGUAUGGAGAGGCGAAGGUUUACUCUCCACCUGGAGGACUCUGCACCGAUCAAGCCUCCGCCUCAGAGCUCGACCCAGGGAACGGCGGACCCUGCAGAUGGCCAGACCGACGUGUCAAAUACAAACCAGGAUGAAAGUACUGCGAUGCUGAGCAGCCUUGAAUUAGCACCCUCCACCUCUGUGGACCGUACAGCCCUGCAGCAUGAAAUCCAUCAAAGCAUUCUUUGUGUGGACAACAAUGUACCAAGCGAGCACAUGGACUUGACUGGGACUGAUCAACCCCAGGGAGCUGACCAGAGGACAGAGCCAGUUUCAGUGAUGGCUCCUAAACCAGUGGGAUCUGGUGGUAGUAUUAUUGUCAGUCCCCGGCAGAGGGGAAACCCCAUUCUGAAGUUUGUCAGGAGUGUGCCUUGGGAGUUUGGAGAAAUUACCCCCGAUUAUGUGCUGGGACAGACGACGUGUGCUCUUUUCCUGAGUUUGCGGUACCAUAGUCUCAACCCAGAUUAUAUUCACGACCGCCUCAAACUGCUCGGACAGACCUUUACUCUACGAGUGUUGCUCGUUCAAGUCGAUGUGAAGGAUCCUCAUUCACUGAAGGAGCUGGCUCGCAUGUGCAUCCUGGCUGACUGCACCCUCAUCCUGGCAUGGAGUCCAGAGGAGGCCGGGCGUUACUUGGAGACAUACAAGUCCUACGAGAAGAAACCAGCGGACCUCCUGAAGGAGCAUGUGGAGAAAGACUACCUGUCCAAGGUGACUGACUGCCUGACCACGGUGAGGUCCAUCAACAAGACGGACUCCAUCACUCUACUGUCGGCCUUCUCUGUCGUCUGUAAAAGGGAUCAUCAAUGCAUCGAAAGAAGACUUGGUGCUCUGUCCAGGACUGGGACCACAGAAAGCAAAGCGUCUCCAUGAUGUUCUCCACCAGCCGUUCCUGAAGUCCAAGAGGAAGGAGGGCUGAACCCAAGGGUCGUGCCCCAUGAAGACGAAGACGACACACCUCACCCAAACACUCACAAACAGGCAUCUUAAGGUCCCAAUGUGGAAGAGGGAGCCCCUCCCAGUUAGUAGGCGGCAGACUUUCACAAUUCAAAACAUGAAAUGCGUAUUGUGUCCACUAACCGGCUGUUCACAAAGAAGGAGGGAGUAAGCGUAGCAGGGAGCGGGAGCACCAUAUGCGGGGCCACAGUAAGGGUCUUUAGAUAAAGAGAGAGGGACGGGCUGGAUAGCCUUUCUCAUUUGCAGAAUAUAUCAUUGGCGGGGUGUACUAUGAUUUAUAACAUUGUUGAAAUCUAGCGAUUUAGGAUUGACUACAGAUAUGUCCACAUCAUGUCAAGCUAGUUGAAAUAUUCUGUAUUACAACAUUAAGGAUGGGAAUUUGUGAACCAGAACUGUUUGUGCUGAUCUGUUUUAAUGGAGGGUUAGAAGAAGGGUUAGGGUUAGGAUAUCUGCAUUGUUAUUGUAUGCAAUAAAGGUUGUCAACUGUA